AUGCCGCACCUCCUUGGCAGCAGGAGCAGCUUCCUGCACCGCCUAGGCAGCAGGAGCAACUCGCCGCACCUCCUGGGCAGCAGGAGCAACAUGCCUGCAGUAGGAGCAGCUUCCUGCACCGCCUUGGCAGCAGCAGCACUGCCGCAGCCGCCUGCAGCAGGAGGCAGCUUCCUGCAGCAGCAGCAGCACCUCGCCGCACCGCCUUGCCAGCAGGAGCAGCUUCCUGCACCGCCUUGGCAGCAGCAGCACCUCGCCGCACCGCCUUGCCAGCAGGAGCAGCUUCCUGCACCGCCGCAGCAGCAGCACCUCGCCGCACCGCCUUGCCAGCAGGAGCAGCUUCCUCACCGCCUUGGCAGCAGAGCACCUCGCCGCACCGCCUUGCAGCAGCAGCAGCAGCCUUGCAAUUCCUGCACCGCCUUGGCAGCAGCAGCAACUUCCUGCACAGCCUUGGCAGCAGGAGCACCUCGCCGCACCGCCUUGGCAGCAGGAGCACCUUCCUGCACCGCCUUGGCAGCAGCAGCACCUUCCUGCACCGCCUUGGCAGCAGCAGCACCUCGCCGCACCGCCUUGGCAGCAGGAGCAGCUUCCUGCACCGCCUUGGCAGCAGCAGCACCUCGCCGCACCGCCUUGCCAGCAGGAGCACCUUCCUGCACCGCCUUGGCAGCAGCAGCACCUUCCUGCACCGCCUUGGCAGCAGGGGCAACUUCCUGCACCGCCUUGGCAGCAGCAGCAACUUCCUGCACAGCCUUGGCAGCAGGAGCACCUCGCCGCACCGCCUUGGCAGCAGGAGCACCUUCCUGCACCGCCUUGGCAGCAGCAGCACCUUCCUGCACCGCCUUGCAGCAGGGGCAACUUCCUGCCUUGGCAGCAGCAGCCUGCCGCACCGCACUGCAGCAGCAGCAACAGGCAGCGCACUCGCGCACCGCCUUGGCAGCAGGAGCAACUUCUUGCACCGCCUUGGCAGCAGGAGCACCUCGCCGCACAGCCUUGGCAGCAGGAGCACCUCGCCGCACCUCCUGGGCGGCAGGAGCAAUUUCAUUCACAGCCUCGGCAGCCUCAUCUUCGGGAGGCCCGUCCGCCUGGAACGCGAAGCAGGCCUCGACCUCUCUCGCCCCAGCGGGGAGAGAGAUCACCUUCUUGGAGAGCCUGUUGGUCUUCGUCCGCCAGGCGAUGAUGACCCUCGAUAGGCCCUUGGUGCGCCGCGUCCCCAUGCCCUCCUCGAUGUUGAAGUCAAAGGUGCGACUGCCGCCAGGCGCGUAG